AUGGAGAAGGCCUCCAUCCAUACCUAUGCAAGAAACAUGAUGGCACUACAAUUCCUGCCAGCCGCCAACAUUGAGCCAGCUUUCCAGCUCCUUGCGCUAAGAGCUAACUCCGAACAGCUCUCCAGGUUCGUGCACUACAUCGAGGAACAGUGGAUUAACCACGCCAUCUUCGAUAUUGACUCCUUGUCAGUGUAUGGGGUGAGUGUCAGAACUAACAAUGACACCGAAGGAUGGCACCAAUUUCUGAAUAGAAAAGCAGGUGGCCAGGAACUGACUUUCUACCGCCUGGUUCCAGCACUAUGUGCAGAGGCUGAGAAUGUGCAGUACGAGUUGUGGUACCUCAGAGAGGGCCAUUCCAAUAGGAGUGAGGCCAGUGAGCCUUAG